AGAAGCAACCGACUGCCGUGCCCCAGCAAGUGUGGCAUCCUCCUCAAAUGCCCCUGCAGCAUAAUCAACCGACCGCCGUGCCCCAGCAAGUGUGGCAUCCUCCUCAAAUGGCCCUGCAGCAGACGCAACCAACCGCCGUGCCCCAGCAAGUGUGGCAUCCUUCUCAAAUGCCCCUGCAGCAGAAGCAACUGACCACCGUGCCCCAGCAAGUGUGGCAUCCAGCUCAAAUGCAGCAGAAGCAACCGACCGUCGUGCCCCAGCAAGUGUGGCAUCCUCGUCAAAUGCCCCUGAGGCAGAAGCAAACGACCGACGUGCCCCAGCAAGUGUGGCAUCCUGCUCAGUUUCCCCAGCAGAAGCAACUGGCCCCUAUGCCUCUACUGCAGAAGGAACCAACCACCAUAACCCAGCAACCUCAGCAGGUGUGGCAUCCAGCUCAAAUGUCCAAGAAUCGAACAGCCACUGAACCUCAGCAGAAGCCACCAUCCACCACGCCAGCUCAAAUUCCCCUGCAGCAGAAGCAACCGGCCACUGAACCUCAACAGAAGGAGCUGACCGCCAUGCCACAGAAGCUACAGGCCUCCAUUCUCCAGCAGCCUCCGCUCGUGUGGCAUCCAUCUCAAUUUCCCCAGCAGAAGGAACUGGCAGUCGAGCCCCAGCAGAAGGAACUGGCAGUCGAGCCCCAGCAGCAGAAGGAACUGGCAGUCGAGCCCCAGCAGCAGAAGGAACUGGCAGUCGAGCCCCAGCAGCAGAAGGAACUGGCAGUCGAGCCCCAGCAGCAGAAGGAACUGGCAGUCGAGCCCCAGCAGCAGAAGGAACUGGCAGUCGAGCCCCAGCAGCAGAAGGAACUGGCAGUCGAGCCCCAGCAGCAGAAGGAACUGGCAGUCGAGCCCCAGCAGCAGAAGGAACUGGCAGUCGAGCCCCAGCAGCAGAAGGAACUGGCAGUCGAGCCCCAGCAGCAGAAGGAACUGGCAGUCGAGCCCCAGCAGCAGAAGGAACUGGCAGUCGAGCCCCAGCAGCAGAAGGAACUGGCAGUCGAGCCUCAGCAAGUGAGGUAUCCAGCUCAAAUGGCCCAGCAGCUACCCAACCCCAUUCCUCAGCAAUUAUGGCAUGUAGGCCAAAUAUCCCAGCAGCAACUGGCCCCAUUGUCUCAGCAGAAGCACUACGAAAGAACUGAAGAUGAUGCCUCUGGUAGUUCUCAGGCCAGCAUUGAACAGUCAGGUGUCAUCCCAAUCUCUUCCUACAGUUCCAAAUCGCACUACAAGAAUGGCAGAACUGUCUUUUCCCGAAUCAGCUACACUCCUAGGGAGGCAAUGCCUGUUGACAGUGGAAAUGCUCCCAAGGACGGUUAUGUUGGCAUUGGUGCACCAAGCAUAUAUCCAACUCUAGUGAAGGAUUCUGCAAGGGAAAUAUAAUGGAUUCAUCCUCUAGAAGCUCUAAUGACCAGGAAGUUGCUGGUGCUCUUGCUACUCUAGUGUGAUGGAAUCAAACAACUUACUUUAAAAAAUGCCUUGUCUCUUUGAAAUGUUUCAUGUCCAUUGCUUGCUAAUUGAGAACAGGUUGUGUGCAGUCCGUAGGAAAAAUGACUACUGUUCAGUUAAUUCUUUGGUUUUCUUAUCUUUUACAUUUGCUACUGAUUAAAAUAAAAGCUUGGGUCUACAUAAGAGCAUU